AAGAAGAAGAACCAUAUGUUCAUCAUCCACAUUUUUCUGGUGAUGCACUGUUCACGGUGUCAUUACUGGUAUGCCUGAAUCCUAUGCAGAAUACUUAUUUGACACUUCAUUCGAUUUUUCUCAGACACUCAGUGCCUCUUAAUUUUCUCAUAUAGACUUUAAAAAAAAAGAUUUUGCACGGCUACAUUUUGACAACCAGGACAUUGUGCUGCGCAUGCGCCGUUACAGUGGAGUUUGGGUUCUGUUUACAGAAGGAAUGCUGUUUCAGAAGUAGCAAGCUAACUUGUGCAAUGUUAUGUCAACCGUCUUUGGAAUAAAACACAAUUAUGGACAAAGAAUGGACCAUUAUCAAGCACCUGUAUCGAAGCAGGGGAAAACAAUCCAUGUCAUCUAUGCACUGAAAUAGCAAAAGGAGGCCGCUUUUCCCCGUGGUUUAUUUUCAUGCCAGCCAGGUGAUUUUACUCAUUUCCCCUCCAUUCAUGCGUCUGGCUUGGUUUAGCUGUCAUGGAUGACAAGGCCUUGGUGGGGAAAAUUAGCGUGUCGUCCGACUCAGUGUCCACCUUGAACAGUGAGGACUUUGUGCUGGUGUCGCGGCUGGGGGACGACACCCCAGGCUCCUCCAUUAAUAACGGUAGUGAUGACGAAAAGACAGGACUGAAGGUGAUUUCUGAGGAAGGGGUCAGCUUUAAGAUUGUGGGAAACGGCAGUGAGCAGCAGUUGCAGAAGGAGCUGGAGGAUGUUCUGAUGGACCCCUCUGUAGCUGACCAGAUUCUGAGCAGUGGCGGUGGUGGCUGCGGAGACCAGGCGGGAGGGGGGGACCAUGUGUCCCAGCCCACCACAGCAGUACCACCCCAGUCCAUGCCCCAACCGUGCCCUGACCCCCUCAGCGACCCCCUCAACACCCUGCCAAAAGUUGAGAUGGUUCUGCCCGUCCAAUCCGCACAAGGUGCACAGGAGAGCGAGCUAAAUGAACGAUCGUACCGCGGGGAUGAGUCAUCAUCGGAGUGCAGCCCCAGUACACCCAUCCCAGACGAGGACAGUGUGGUCUUCAAUAAGCUGACCUACCUGGGCUGUGCCUCGGUCAACGCCCCCCGCAGUGAGGUGGAAGCUCUCUGCAUGAUGACCGUCCUCAGAGGGCAGUGCCAGCUACCCCUGGCAGUCACCCUAUCUGUGCCCGGCGUCUCAGAGGGCACCGUCAGGUUGCUGGACCCCCAGACAAGCACAGAGAUAGCCAGUUACCCCAUCUACAAGAUCAUGUUCUGUGUGCGUGGUCAUGACGGCACGCCUGAGACUGACUGCUUUGCCUUCACAGAGAGCCACUACAACGCAGAGAUCUUCCGUAUACAUGUCUUCCGCUGUGAGAUCCAAGAGGCGGUCAGCAGGAUACUGUACAGCUUUGCCACAGCCUUUAGGCGGUCUGCCAAGAAGACGCUCCUCUCGGGCUUGGCUCCGCCCCUGACGCCAGACAGCGACGUCUUCACCUUCACCGUCAGUCUAGAGAUCAAGGAGGAUGAUGGGAAAGGGACCUUUAGCGCUGUGGCGAAAGACAAAGACAAGAACAGCUUUAAGCUGCGUCCUGGAAUGGACAAGAAGGUCUUCAUCUACGUACAGCAGACGUCCAAUAAGGAGCUGUCUAUAGAGAGGUGCUUCGGCCUACUGCUGAGCCCAGGGAAGAACGUGAAGAACAGUGACAUGCACCUGCUAGACCUGGAGUCGAUGGGGAAGUCAUCCGAUGGAAAGUCCUACAUCAUCACAGGGAGCUGGAAUCCCAACACGCCUCAGUUCCAGGCUGUCAACGAGGAGACAGCCAAAGAUACGUUUAUCUACAUGACGACGGCGGUGGACCUGGUGAUCACUGAGGUGGAGGAGCCGGUUCGUUUCCUGCUGGAGACCAGGGUCAGAGUCUGCUCCCCCAACGAGAGGCUCUUCUGGCCAUUCAGCAAACGCAGCUACACAGAGACUUUCUACCUGAAACUCAGACAGAUGGAACGUAAGAGGAACAAGGACACCCUGUACGAGGUGCUGAGCCUGGAGAGCGAGUUAGAGAGGGAGAGGAAGAAGACUACAGCCAGCCCCAACAUCCUGCAGUCUGCCUCCCAAGGAUCCAUGGUGCCAUCGCCCCCUGAGGAUGAUGAGGAGGAAGACAAUGACGAGCCGUUGCUGAGUGGCUCAGGAGACGUGUCAAAAGAGUGUGCUGAGAAGAUCCUGGAGACCUGGGGAGACCUGCUGUCCAAAUGGCAUCUGAACCUGUCUGUGCGUCCCAAGCAGCUCCCGGCUUUGGUGCGUAGCGGGGUCCCAGAGGCCCUCAGAGGAGAGGUGUGGCAGCUCCUGGCUGGUUGCCAUAACAACGACCACCAAGUGGAGGAGUACCGCACCCUCAUCACUAAGGAGUCUCCCCAGGACAGUGCCAUCACCAGAGACAUUAACAGGACUUUCCCAGCUCACGACUACUUCAAGGACACUGGAGGAGACGGGCAAGACUCACUCUACAAGAUCUGCAAGGCCUACUCAGUGUAUGAUGAGGAGAUUGGUUACUGCCAGGGACAGUCUUUCCUGGCCGCUGUGCUGCUGCUGCACAUGCCUGAGGAACAGGCCUUCAGUGUUCUGGUCAAGAUCAUGUUUGACUACGGACUCAGGGACCUCUUCAAGCAGAACUUUGAGGAUCUACACUGCAAGUUCUUCCAGCUGGAGAGACUCAUGCAGGAAUACAUCCCAGACCUGUAUAACCACUUCCUGAACGUGGGUCUGGAGGCUCAUAUGUACGCCUCUCAGUGGUUCCUCACGCUCUUCACAGCCAAGUUCCCCCUCUACAUGGUGUUCCACAUCAUAGACCUGCUACUCUGUGAGGGCAUCAGUGUGAUCUUCAACGUGGCUCUGGCUCUCCUGAAGACCUCAAGGGAAGACCUGCUGGCAACAGACUUUGAGGGGGCGCUCAAGUUCUUCCGGGUCCCGGUUCCCAAACGCUACCGCUCAGAGGAGAACGCUAAGAAACUGAUGGAGCUGGCCUGCAGCAUGAAGAUCAGCCAGAAGAAGCUGAAAAAGUAUGAGAAGGAAUAUGACAGCAUGAGAGAACAGCAGGAGCAGCAGGAGCCUCCCAUUGAGAGAUAUGAGAGGGAGAACCGUCGUCUCCAGGAGGCUAACAUGCGUCUGGAGCAGGAGAAUGAUGACCUGGCCCAUGAACUGGUCAGCAGCAAAAUCGCUCUGCGCAAAGACCUGGACAACGCUGAGGAGAAAGCAGACGCUCUGAACAAGGAGCUGUUGAUGACCAAACAGAAGCUGGUGGAUUCAGAGGACGAGAAGAGACGACUAGAGGAGGAGUCUGCACAGCUGAAAGAGAUGUGCAGACGGGAGCUGGGUAAAUCAGAGUCUGAGAUAAAGAACAAUGGUUCCAUCAUAGGAGAGUACAAACAGAUCUGCUCUCAGCUCAGUGAGCGUCUGGAGAAACAGCAGAUGGCCAACAAGGGAGAGGUGGAGAAGAUCCGGCUGAAGGUGGAGGGCUGUGAGAAGUGCUCUAUCCUCUUCAACAAGGAGGGUCGUCUAAAGGCAGUGAGGAAGAUGAAGGAGGGCAGCGAGGAAGAGACGGACGAGGAGAAGGAGGGUCUGAAGAACCAGCUCAGAGAGAUGGAGCUGGAACUGGCCCAGACCAAACUACAACUGGUGGAGGCAGAGUGCAAGAUACAGGACUUGGAGCACACCCUGGGUCUGGCCCUGAACGAGGUCCAGGCAGCCAAGAAGACCUGGUUCAACAGAACCUUAACCUCCAUCAAGACCGUGACCGGAGCACAGGGGAAGGAGACGACCUAACCUGAGACCCUCCUCCUCGACCACAGACCGUUCCCUGCAGCUCCCAAACCUCGACCUGUUCCUCUCCCAGCCUCCCCCUCCUCCCCUUGGUCAGGGGUACCAGCCACUAACUUGACCGGAGUGAACCAAACCUCACCACGACAGGAGUUUUAAAUAACGACUGAGUUCAAAGGUACCACUGCCCCAAACUAAAUGAUAUACUUAAUUAAAAAAGAAACAGAAAAGAAAAGAGUCUUCAACAUUGGUCUUUAUACUACUGAUAUUUAACAGGUAAGGAAGGGGUUGUAGAGAGUUACCUGAACUGUCCUCUCUCCAGACAUGGGAAAGACAGCGCUUCAUUUUACUGUCCUCUCUCCAGACAUGGGAAAGACAGCGCUUCAUUUUACUGUCCUCUCUCCAGACAUGGGAAAGACAGCGCUUCAUUUUACUGUCCUCUCUCCAGACAUGGGAAAGACAGCGCUUCAUUUUACUGUCCUCUCUCCAGACAUGGGAAAGACAGCGCUUCAUUUUACUGUCCUCUCUCCAGACAUGGGAAAGACAGCGCUUCAUUUUACUGUCCUCUCUCCAGACAUGGGAAAGACAGCGCUUCAUUUUACUGUCCUCUCUCUGGACAUGGGAAAGACAGCGCUUCAUUUUACUGUCCUCUCUCCAGACAUGGGAAAGACAGCGCUUCAUUAUGCUGUCCUCUCUCCAGACAUGGGAAAGACAGCGCUUCAUUUUACUGUCCUCUCUCCAGACAUGGGAAAGACAGCGCUUCAUUAUGCUGUCCUCUCUCCAGACAUGGGAAAGACAGCGCUUCAUUUUUACUGUCCUCUCUCCGGACAUGGGAAAGACAGCGCUUCAUUUUACUGUCCUCUCUCCGGACAUGGGAAAGACAGCGCUUCAUUUUACUGUCCUCUCUCCAGACAUGGGAAAGACAGCGCUUCAUUUUACUGCCCUCUCUCCAGACAUGGGAAAGACAGCGCUUAAUUUUACUGUCCUCUCUCCAGACAUGGGAAAGACAGCGCUUAAUUUUACUGUCCUCUCUCCAGACAUGGGAAAGACAGCGCUUCAUUUUACUGUCCUCUCUCCAGACAUGGGAAAGACAGCGCUUCAUUUUACUGUCCUCUCUCCAGACAUGGGAAAGACAGCGCUUAAUUUUACUGUCCUCUCUCCAGACAUGGGAAAGACAGCGCUUCAUUUUACUGUCCUCUCUCCAGACUACUUGCACCAACAACAACUCCAACUGUAAUCUAGGUACUACCAGAGCUAAAUAACAGCCUCCUUCUUUUCAAACUGAGCGUUUCUCAUUUCUGAUCUAUGAUACCUUUCUUUUUCUGUAUAUGUGUGACUCUGAACAUGCUUAUGAAUAAACAUGAGUGAAAACUGAGCACACCAGAGUGUAUGUAUGGGUGUGUUUAUUAAUGUGUGUGUGAGUGUUAAGGGGAGUGUGAGUGUGCAUGAGUACGUAUGUUUGUACAGGUAACUGCCACAGUAAUGGAAGCGAUUAAAUGAGGGAUAGAAAGUAUUUUGAAAGCAGAUGCCUCCAUACAGGUGUGGUUCUUGAGUUAAUUAAGUAAUUAACAUCCCAUCAUUAUGGCCAUGUAUUAAAAUGCUGGACAUGUCAUUAUUUUGGCUACCAUGGCUAUACCCCCACAGGACACGAGUGGUCACUGAAUGGUUUGAUGAGCAUGAAAACUAUGUAAACCAUGUGCCAUGGCUGUCUCAGUCACCAGAUCUCAACCCAAUUGAACACUUUUUUUUUUUUUCUUUUUUUUACCUUUAUUUAACCAGGCAAGUCAGUUAAGAACAAAUUCUUAUUUUCAAUGACGGCCUCGGAACAGUGGGUUAACUGCCUGUUCAGGGGCAGAACAACAGAUUUUGUACCUUGUCAGCUCGGGGAUUUGAACUUGCAACCUUUCGGUUACUAGUCCAAUGCUCUAACCACUAGGCUUAUGUGAAGCUUCUCUAGGGGAGCCUGAGAUGGCGUUUUUCCAUUAACAUAACACCAAAUGAUGGAAUUUCACUUGUAGAAUCUAUGCCCUGGGUACAUUGAAGUAGUUCUGGCUCGUGGCGCCCCAGCGCUCUAUGAAGACACUUUAUGUUACCAUUUCCUUUAUUUUGGCAGUUACCUGUGUGACUGAUGUUUUGAGUGUGGUCUUCCUGUGAAGUUCAGCAGGAUAGGAGCUGGGUGCUGUAUAGUGAGCUGAGGGGGAGUUAUAUGAGGAAGAGUAUCUUACUGAUGAAGCCUUGACUUGAAGGUUGAGGGGAACAUGGUAAACAUUAUGUACUGGGUAACUGUAGAUAUAUAAGCAGCAGCCUUGGGUCUGUCCGGUUACUUGGUGUAACCGUGUCAAGACAGAGGCCACUAGUGGUUGGUCCUGGCGCUGUCCUCACAGUGCACUUUCUGGGCUGUCUGAGCCUGGCUGGGCUCAAAGCAUGGGAGCUCAGUGGCUGGAAUUGCAGAGACAGAUAGAUGGGUGUGGCCCUCCCUUGCCUCAGACUCCACCCACAGACGUAGAACAGAACCUCCCCCUUUGGGACUCCUCCCUCCACGGCUGUGUCCGACAUGGCAUACUACUGGUCUAUCAAACGUAUCCUACUAUAUAGGGACUGGUGUUCCGUCCUCCUCUCUGAAACCAGCUGUUCCUCUGGCUUCUCUACUAGAAGACCCUUCAUGACCUCUGACCUCAUCAAUCAAGUUUAUGCCAUGUUAUCCUAGUCACGGACACCACUCUCCCAACAUAGACAUAGACGCGUCACAGCCAGCCACCUACCGACCUACACUACUGACAGGGAGAGAAAUGGCACACAGGUAUUGUCUGGUCGUCAAUCUCAGGCUGUGUGCUUAUGUGGCAGAAUGAGUCAGGGGUCAUCAAAGGUCAGGGUUUGUCAGAGGUCAAGCUGGCAUUCUCUCUGAAAGAGUCGGGUGCACAUUGUUGAAUGUUAUGAAUAGAGCAGUCAUGAUUCCUCAUUCUACAUGUAAGAGAGACAUGUUUGUUGUUCUACAUAAUAUAUUUCUGUCUGAAUGCUCCGUUAGAGGUCUCUGUCCUACUCUCUACUGACAGUCUGUGUGUGUGUGGUCGGGGUGGGGACUUUGCCCCUUAACAUUCAUAUUUAUAAUGUAUGGUAUCUUUCUAAGCUUACUUAAAGGGAAAAAUUCACUCUAAUCCAUUUUGUUUGUAUUUUUUUCACUAGUCCACUCUUGAUACAGUCUCAAAAUGUUUUGCAUGUCAGCAUUCAAGAAGCCAAGUGUCACUUGCCACAUAAUCAAUGCGUUUUGCAGUGUAUUUUUCCUUUAAGUCUGUGAUGCCAGUGGAAGGAAGGCCUGUGUAAUGUACUGAGAACAAAGAGGUCGUUCUGUAAGGCAUUGGGUUGUACAUAAGAAUGAUGAUAAUGAUUAAGUUUUUAAUUUUGUAUUUCUACUGCUGUAACUCAACUAAAUAAUAAUGUUGCCUAAAAUAACAAUGUAUUGUUGUACUGUGUCACAGAUUAAUGAUGAUCAUGACCUACAUACAGUACCAGUCAACAGUAUGGACACCUACCGGUUCUUCUUUGUUUUUACUAUUUUCUACAUUGUAGAAUAAUAAUGAAGACAUCAACACUAUGAAAUGACACAUAUGGAAUCAUGUAGUAACCAAAAAAAUUGUUAAACAAGUCAAAGUAGCCACCCUUUACCUUGAUGACCUCUUUGCACACUCUUGGCAUUCUCUCAACCAGCUUCACCUGGAAUGCUUUUCCAGCAGUCUUAAAGGAGUUCCCACAUAUUUCUAGAAAAUAGUGAAAAUAAAGAAAAACCCUGAAUGAGUAGGUGUGUCCAAACUUGACUGGUACUGUAUGUUCUUUUGCUCAAAAGCUUUCCGUCAUCUUAAAUGUCAGACAAACUGCUGUCUCGUCCAUUACAUGACAAAAUGUACCUUCAUCCAUCCAACAUUUCUGAAGGUGUGGAACAUUGUAGUGUGUGUUACAUUAUUGUCUAUACUUAAUGCAUUUGAAUAUAAAGAUGUGAACUCAGA